UAUUUCAAAAAGAAUUUGCAUACAUUCUGUGUGGAUCAGCAUCACACUGCAAAAUAGUAUAAUUUGCAUUCAGAGCAAAUCAUUAAAAUUACCAUGUUUCAUAAUGUAUAUCAUUUUCUCUCUUUCCAUUAGGUAGAAAAUGGUUGGCUGGGUCUACCUACUGUGAAGACUUGAAAUCAGACAACUACAGCUUUGAUUCUCAAAGUGUUUCAGGAUGUAAAUGUAGUCUGACUUUUCCCUGAUGGGCCGUUAAAUCAUGGACAAGCUAAGCACUUUACUUUGGACUAUCCUUCCAAAAGAUGCUUUGGCUUCUCUCUUGAAUGCUUACUAAGCAUUUGUAGCUGACAAGGAAAAGAAGGAAAACUGUGUCAUCUUACAAUGAAAAUUACGAGCACAUCUUGCAUCUGUCCAGUUCUAGUGUGUCUCUGUUUUGUGCAGAGGUGUUAUGGAACUGCUCACCAUAGCUCCAUCAAGGUAACCAGAAACCAAACCAAACACAUUGAAGGUGAAACCGAAGUCCACCAUCGCCCUAAAAGAGGAUGGGUAUGGAAUCAGUUCUUUGUUUUAGAAGAACAUAUGGGGCCAGAUCCACAAUAUGUUGGAAAGCUGCACUCCAAUUCUGACAAAGGUGAUGGGUCUGUCAAGUAUAUCCUUACCGGAGAAGGUGCUGGGACUAUAUUUAUCAUUGACGAUACCACAGGUGACAUCCAUUCAACGAAAAGCCUAGACAGAGAACAGAAGACCCACUAUGUGCUCCAUGCUCAGGCUAUUGACAGACGAACAAACAAGCCACUGGAACCCGAAUCUGAGUUCAUCAUCAAAGUGCAAGACAUCAAUGACAAUGCCCCAAAAUUCACAGAUGGACCAUACAUUGUUACCGUGCCUGAAAUGUCAGAUAUGGGUACCUCUGUUCUACAGGUGACUGCUACCGAUGCAGAUGACCCUACCUAUGGAAACAGUGCUCGCGUGGUUUACAGUAUUCUCCAAGGACAACCCUACUUCUCCGUAGAUCCUAAAACAGGAGUUAUUAGAACUGCCUUACAUAACAUGGACAGAGAAGCCAGAGAACACUAUUCAGUGGUCAUUCAAGCCAAAGACAUGGCUGGACAAGUUGGAGGGCUUUCAGGAUCGACAACAGUCAAUAUCACCCUGACAGAUGUCAACGACAACCCACCACGGUUUCCUCAGAAGCACUAUCAGCUGUACGUUCCUGAGUCAGCUCAAGUUGGUUCAGCUGUUGGGAAAAUCAAGGCAAAUGAUGCAGACACUGGCUCAAAUGCUGACAUGACAUACUCCAUCAUCAAUGGUGAUGGUGUUGGGAUAUUCUCCAUCUCCACCGACAAAGAGACCAGAGAAGGGAUACUUUCCUUAAAGAAGCCAUUGAACUAUGAGAAAAAGAAGUCAUAUACCCUCAACAUAGAAGGAGCGAAUACCCAUCUCGAUUUUCGCUUUUCUCGCUUGGGUCCUUUUAAAGAUGCUACCAUGCUGAAGAUCAUUGUUGGUGAUGUAGAUGAACCACCGCUAUUUUCCAUGCCUUUCUAUGUAAUGGAAGUCUUUGAAAAUGCCAAGAUCGGAACCAUCGUUGGCACAGUUUUGGCACAAGAUCCCGACAGUGCUAAUAGCUUAGUAAGAUACUUCAUUGACUACAGUGCUGAAGACGACAGAUUUUUCAACAUUGGUGCCAAUACUGGUAUCAUUAAGACUACAAAGAUUCUUGACAGAGAAGAAACUCCAUGGUACAACAUCACAGUUGCUGCUUCAGAAAAUGACAAUCCUGCUUUGCUGAGCCAUGUCACAGUGGGUAUUAGGGUUCUGGAUGUCAAUGACAAUCCACCCGAACUCGCCAGGGAAUAUGAUAUUGUUGUCUGUGAAAAUUCUAAGCCUGGCCAGGUUAUUCACACCAUCAGUGCCACUGAUAAAGAUGAUUUUGCCAAUGGACCAAGGUUUAACUUCUUUCUCGAUGACCACUUGUCUAUAAACCCAAACUUCUCUCUGAAGGACAAUGAAGAUAACACAGCCAGCAUUCUGACAAGGCGGAGGAGAUUUAGUCGAACUAUUCAGGAUGUGUAUUAUCUCCCCAUUAUGAUCUCUGAUGGUGGAAUCCCCUCUCUCAGCAGCAGCAGCACCCUCACCAUCAGGGUUUGUGCAUGCGAGAGAGAUGGGCGUGUGCGGACCUGCCAUGCGGAAGCCUUCCUGUCCUCGGCGGGUUUGAGUACAGGAGCCUUAAUCGCUAUUCUUCUGUGUGUUGUCAUUCUCCUGGCAAUUGUAGUGCUUUUUAUCACCCUGAGGCACAGCAAAAAAGAACACUUGAUCAUUUCAGAGGAGGAUGUGCGGGAGAACGUGGUCACCUAUGAUGACGAGGGGGGCGGAGAAGAGGACACUGAGGCCUUUGACAUCACAGCUUUGAGGAAUCCGUCCGCUGCCGAGGAGCUGAAGUACCGUCGAGAUAUCAGACCUGAAGUGAAACUCACCCCCAGGCACCAGACAUUGUCCACCCUGGAAAGUAUAGAUGUUCAGGAAUUUAUUAAGCAAAGACUGGCAGAAGCAGACCUAGACCCCAGCGUCCCUCCUUAUGACUCUCUUCAGACCUAUGCCUAUGAGGGCCAGAGAUCAGAAGCUGGGUCUAUCAGCUCGUUAGAUUCAGCAACAACACAAUCGGACCAGGAUUAUCAAUACCUUGGAGACUGGGGUCCUGAGUUUAGAAAGUUAGCAGAACUCUAUGGAGAAAUAGAAUCUGAAAGAACAACUUAGGGGGUCGAUUCCUGAAAUCAGGUAGAAUGUGCUUCCUGAGCAAGUGGAGAUACAACCUCAGCAAUGGCAAGGAAGAAGUGUGGAAACAGUACUUGGAACUGAGCAAGCUGUACACCGCUACCAUAGAAACAAGUGCCCUUUUCAUGAUGGAAACUGGGUUAUUAAAAUUGGAAAAAAGUCAAACUUGAAAAAAAAAAAGUACAGAGGAAAAAAUCUAUUGUUUCUUGUGUAUAUUUUCAAUUGCUCAAUAAAGUCUGUGGUACUGUUUAAUUAUGCAUACCUGAAUUAAGCCAACCGAUGACAUUUGUUUCAAUAUUUUGUGAUUAUUUUUCAAGACAAAACUAAACUGAUUGGGUCAUAGUCUCUCAUGCCUUUGAUUUCUAGAUUGCAAAAUGAAACCUCUCUUUCCACUUUUCUGGGUGGACUUCUAAGACCCACACUUGGUUAUUGUGACAGAUCUCAUUAGCCU